UCCUUGCUGUCCUGGUCCCGCCCCUGCCAGGAGCUCCUGCCGGAAGAUGGCGGCGGCCGCGGAGUUGACGCUGCUGGAGAAAUCCCUGGGGCUGAGUAAAGGGAACAAAUACAGCGCUCAGGGCGAGCGCCAGAUUCCAGUUCUUCAGACAAACAAUGGUCCAAGUCUAACAGGACUCACUACUAUAGCAGCUCAUCUUGUCAAGCAGGCCAACAAAGAAUAUUUGCUGGGGAGCACUGCAGAAGAAAAAGCAAUCGUUCAGCAGUGGUUGGAAUACAGGGUAACUCGAGUAGAUGGACACUCCAAUAAAGACGAUAUCCGCACUCUGUUGAAGGAUCUUAAUUCAUAUCUUGAAGAUAAAGUCUACCUUACAGGAUAUAACUUUACCUUAGCAGAUAUUCUAUUGUACUAUGGACUUCAUCGCUUUAUAAGAAGGAAACUCGGGCUUGGAACAUCAAGUGCCUUGUGCAAAGACACAACCUGGGUUUUGGAGGGGCCAAAACAAACUUCAUCUUCUGCUGCAGGUGUCACAGUGUAUGGGGACGCCUGUCAUACACCAUCAAAUACCAUAAUGUAUGAUAAUAUUUCCUCAUUCCCCCCUCAAGCUCUAAUUCCUCAGUGGAUUUACUCAACUUAUUAAACAUCGUUUCUCUAAAAUCCCUAAGGGAUUGUGCUCAGUUCUAUAACAUUAUCAUGGUAACCACCUAAUAGGAUCUUUCAAUCACUGCUAGUCUCUAUUAUUACAACUAUAUUUACUGAGUUCAUUAUAUAUGUCCAUAAUACUGUUCUU